UGUGUAAGAAUUUCCAAAUCACUACAUGGCCUUAUCAAAAGUAUUGCCAAAUUGUUUGUUUUUAUAUUUUUCAACGAUUAUUUUCGUUGGGUCUACGGAUUUAUGUACGAAAAUAACAUUGAUGUCGUAAUUGUUAAAUCAGUAACGAAACGACUUUUUUACGAUUAUCUUUGAACUUUAAAAAUAAACAUCAUUUACACAUAUCUCAAACUUAAACAACGGUACCGAAUCAUAUUCAGUAUUGUAUCUGAAAAUGACCAAAACAGACGACUGGUAUUUAACAAUGGUGCAUGUUUUUAUGCUGAUUGUCUUGGUACUAGUAGUUCUAUUGUACGCGUAUCUUACAAGGAAUAAGAAUUACUGGAAAAACCUGGGUGUCCCAUUUGACAAACCAGUUCCACUCUUUGGAAGCUUAUUACCACUAGCAAAACAAGCGAUAUCAGUUGGAGACUUCUUCUGUAAACUGUACAGGUCCACUGACCACCCAUACUAUGGGCUAUUCAUACUGGGCCAGCCAUCACUUCUCUUGAGGGAUCCUCGGCUGAUACAAGAUAUGCUCAUAGGAGAUUUCGAGUGCUUUCAAGAACGAAUGGGUGGCAAAUGCGAUCACGACCAAAUAGGAACAAAUAUACUGUUUUAUAUGAAGGCGUCAAGUUGGAAAGUAAUGAGGGGCAAUCUGUCACCUUUUUUUUCGUCGAGCAAAUUAAGUCGAAUGUUGGAGUUGAUCAAUUCAGUGGGAGAGAAUCUUGUAAGUCACAUUAGAAAAAAAACUUCAGUCGGAUUAGCAGUGAAUAGCCUGGACGCUAGCACCAUGUACGUUACCGAUAUAGUAGCGUCGUGUUUUUUUGGAUUUAUAUCGGAUUCCUUAAGUAAAGGAGUGACUGAAUUCUUGCAAAUAUCAGAGCUGUGGACCAAAUUAACAUUUAUGAGAGUAGUCCAAACUUCGUGUUUCGUCUUCGUUCCUACUCUCGCGAAGAUGUUUAAGAUAAAGUUGUUCGAUCAGACGUCGGAGAAGUACCUUCAGGAUGUAUUUCUACAAGUAAUGGGCGAAAGAAAACGGAGCGGCCAAGAGCGGAGAGAUUUAGUUGACCUACUAAUAAAAAUCGAAAAGGAGCAGAGUCAUCUUUUUAAAAGGGAAGAAAUAAUUGCUCAGACCCUUCAACUUCAUUUUGGAUCAUACGACACCACAUCUUAUUCUACCUCAUUUGCGUUGUACGAACUAUGUGCUAAUGUUGGCAUUCAGAAGAAGCUGAGGGGCGAAAUUAACUCCGUAUUAUCCCAACACGAAAUCGUCUCACUUGAAGCUAUCAAAAAAAUGUCUUAUUUGCACAUGGUGGUAUCAGAAUCUCUUCGCAAGCACCCAAUAAUUCCAAUUAUGGAUCGCGUCUGCUCCAAACCGUAUACGAUACCAAACUCCAGUGUGACAAUUAAAGCUGGCACACCAUGCUUUGUGUCCAUUUACGGGUUACACUACGACAGCAGAUAUUUUCCAAACCCCGAAACCUUUGAUCCGGAACGAUUUUCCCCAGAAAACAAAGCCAAUAUUAUACCGGGAACGUAUAUUCCAUUCGGCGUUGGACCACGCAAUUGUAUAGGUUCUAGGUUUGCUGUACUUGCCGUAAAAGUGGCCCUAAUUUGUAUAAUUCGCAAUUUCGAAUUUGAACUGGCGGAAGAUGCGGGGUCAUUCCUUGGAUAUGAUCGAAAGGCGUUUCUGCUGACGCCAAGAAAUAAAUCUCUGAAUAUUAAGUACAAACCAAUAAGUUAAGGCACUAGUGAGUAACGAAUUGAAAUUAUUUGACUCUUCGUUGAACGAUAUAGUGUUUGAAUUGCAACUAUUUAUUACAGAUGUGCGGAUAUAAAGAUUUGUAAACAAUUUAGUGAUUACCAUAUUAUUUUAUAUGAAU